AUGGCUUCUGUACCAGAACUUUCAGACGACGUCAAAUGGCUCAUCUGUGCUGAACUGUAUCGCGAUAAUGUUGAGUUUGUACGACCGCUAUGGCGAGUCUCGAGAGCCUGGCGCGCUGUGGCCGAACGGUUCGUGUAUAGAGGUCUCGUGCUGACGCAUGUUACCGAUGACAUAUUGAAGGAGGAUGCAAGGAAAUUACGAAACCAUCAGUUUGCGAAGAAGUACAUGGAACAUGGGAGAUAUCUUCACAUCACCAGGACUCAAAGACUGUCCGGAGGAGAAGGGAUAAUGAAUCAUGCCGAGCAGUUACAGACUGGCAUCAAGCGAAUACCGCCAAGCUUCUCCCUUACCGAGUCAGUCACUACCUCACCCACCAGAGAUGACCUUUUCGGCGACAAAGAUCCAUGGACAAGAGCACAAAUAUUGUGGGAGCCUAUAGUCACACUUCUCCCCGACUUCAAGCAUCUUACAGAUGUGGUUGUUCAGGUCAGAGGAAGACUUCCUGCUGGUAUCGUAGCUGCGCUGGAACAGAGCCACCCAGAAUGCCGAUUGCAUUUACGAAAUUUCACGUUCCAAAGCCUUCAUGAGGAUGUUACCGAUCCCGAUGAACGCGCCCUGGCCACGUCAUCAAACUUACAUAGCCUCAGCAUCCAGUAUAUGUUCCGCGACUCCCCUGGCAAAGACGAUCAUAACGAAGCCGCGGCUCUGCGUACCGUGGCUCUCGCACCGAACCUCAAGCACGUAACAAUGCUAGCUUCGGCGCGUCCCAGGGGAAGACCAGUCCAGCUAUGGAAGGGAUUUAUGCCACCUAUCGAUGAGCCAGACGGGUCGAAGUCGAGACUUGAGAGUUUGGCAUUUACUGGCCGUCGCAGCCAACUCACAGCAGCAAAACUGUCGAAAUGGCAAGAAGCAGCGGACCUAUCGGCUUUGAGAAUGCUCUCAUGCUCUAUAAGCUACCCCUAUCCCCCCCGCCUUGGCUCUAUGAACAAUGCGUUCCCCUCUCUCACCGAUCUGACGCUCACUGUUGAACUUCCGCCACGGAAUCGUCACCACGAUUGGGAUCAUGCAGUCCAUGAUUUCCUCUCCUCUCUCAACUCAUUGACGUGCUUGAGUUUGUCUGCGAAUCUGAGCGGUGCGCUUACAAGUGCUAUCGCAGAAAGACACGGAGGAACGUUGGAAAAGCUUUCUCUGCGUCACCUCUGCGAUCGAAACCUGCCACGCUGGGGAUACAGCAUAUCUGCGAAUGAUCUGAGCAUACUAGCAUCCGCAUGCCUACAGCUCACAGAAUUUUCGCUGAUCAUGCAGCGCUCAAUGGGCGACCGCACGGAGAUAGAGUGCUAUGAAGCAAUAGGUAUGUAUGCUCUUCAUCCUGAUAUCUCCCUUCUUCUGAAUCACGCCAAUGUAACGAUGUCUACAAAAGGAAGCUUCCGAAAAUUGAAGUACGUAAAAUUGGAUUUAGCUUGUUGGAACAGCCGCGGAUCGUUCCUACAGGUUGAUCCCAACUGGGAUGACUUCGAGAAAGCCGAACCUGACAACGGAGGCGAUAUUGACGCUCCAAGAUACAAUAGGUGCCGUAACGGCCAUCUCAAGUGCGCGAUUGUAAAUUCGGCGUUGGACGAAACUCUCGCUCGCUCUAUCUAUGCUCUUAUAUCUUCGAAACGGAGUGAAAGCCCUCUCGAUGUUCUCGAAAUCAAGACAUACGGCGGAGGAUCUCCCUGUGGUGGUUGCCCCGAUGAUCUUGGGAUUAUCGUGAAGCAUGUUUCACGAAGUUACCGCGUCGAAAAGGCCUCUGGAAGGCGAGGGGCGGGUUUCAUAAAUGUUAUUGAGCUGAGUAAGGAAGAGCGUGAGGUGAGCGAUGCGCGUGUGCGCGCAAGUGAAAGGAACUAUGCCAAAAUUCACGGCAAGGGGAGUAAGGCCGGGCAAGGAGGCGUCUGGGCUAUGUUCAGGCACCUUUGGCCAUUUGAGGAUCAUGAAGACUGGCGGGGUGUGUGGCAAAGCUGGCCGUUGGGUUACCAGAAAGCAUGA